UGGCAGCUCUUCAAACUAUCAGCAUUAAAAUGUGUAUUAAACGAAUUAAAUGCUGCAAUAUUUAUUACAAGUUGUUAACCGAAUACAGUUCGGUGUGAACAUCUAUCCAUGAAAGAGUGAAAUUACAUAUCGUCUCGUCAUGUUGAGACGCAAACUUGAUAAGCAAGCGGAAGCUUUAGAUAUAAAGAAAACGAAAACAACAGCUUUGGAUCCACAACAGUCAAUUGACCAACGAUUUUAUACAUUUGAAUGCAAAUUAAAUGAAGAAUUAUCAACGAUUGAGUUACCAGCGGAAAUUGCAUGUGCUUACAAUGCUGUAGAGUAUGCGUCAUCGUUGCACUGCGCAUUUUUAAAAAAGUACUUGAAUGGAACCAAAAAAGUCAUAUUCAUUGGCAUAAAUCCUGGGCCAAAGGGCAUGUGUCAGACAGGCAUACCUUUUGGGAACGUGGGCACCGUGCGUGAUAAGAUGCAAAUCUCUGGCGAAGUGCACCAACCACCUAAGUUGCACUCUAAACGACCUGUUACUGGCUUAAAUUUCGGAAGUGAGGAGCAGAGUGGGUUGCGUUUGUGGAGUCUAAUUGAGAGUUUGGCUGGAAGUUUGGAUAUAUUUUUUCAACAAUGCUUUGUUCACAACUUGUGUCCUUUGGCGUUUUUUGAUAAAAAUGGUAACAAUAUCACACCUGACCACCUGAAAGGCACUUACAAAACACUGAUACGCGAUAAGUGCUUGGAUGCAUUGGAGAAACAGCUUGAGCUGUUGCGGCCACAAUAUGUUGUGGCAGUGGGAGCAUGGGUUGAGAUGGAGCUAAAAAGGAGAUCAUCCUAUUGUAAAUCAACCGCAAAAGUCAUUCGAUUGAAACACCCAAGUCCGCGGGUGCCCAACAAUACUAAGUGGUCAGAAGAGGCGACGGCUAUGCUGGAAAAAGAAAAUCUUAUCAAGUAUAUGCGAAAUAUGCCUUGAGGCUAUUAUAAGUAAUGUGAAUUUCCUCGAAUGUUUUAAUGCCUUUGUAUGCUUGAAAAUGUAAUUAAAGAGAUUUUGAAUUGUGGUCAGUGUUACCCUAUUCUCACUAGUUGACUAGACAACC